AUGGAAAGAUAUCCAUACGCAAAAGAGCCGAGACGUAGUAUGACGCUCCCGCGGGAGCCACCGAGCCUGUUCGCUCCGAAACUCAGUCUCCUGGAUGACCAACCAGCCGUCGUGGGUGAGCCCACUCAAUCUUGUUUCUCUUCUUCCAGAUUCACUGAGCCGACUUGAGUUGAAGCGGUAAUAGAAGCUGUCGAGGUAAUAAAAAGAAAAGUUGACGUAUGGGCUAUUGCUAGUGCGCGUCAGACAGGAAGGAAAAUAAUCGAGAACUCAAAACUUCCAAAUUUCCGCUUGAUUCAGUCCACGUGCAAGCAUUAUGAGAACCUGGAGCUCAAUUCAAACUCAUUUUUGCUGGGAAACUUUAUACUUCUAUUCUACAGAAGAGUAUCAAAGUUCAACCGCAAAGCGUCUUCUCUAGAUUCCAACAUCAUCGGGAAUUAAUUGACUGAUUUUUCAGAAGAAUUUUAUCUGAUAUAGAAGGAACAAAAACUGAAAGUUUGAUGAAAAUCAAAUUCGAAAAAAAAUGAAAACCAACGGAAAAGGAGAAUUUUCGAGCGUUUUGAAAAGUUUGUUAGAUGAGCGAAGGUAGAAGUCAGAGAAAGGAUGUGUGAGAAAGGCGGAAUUCGGACCGACAAAAGCCGCUGAAAGACGGCCAAAGUGUUGAAAAGCGGAGGGGCAAAAAAAGGAAGAAGAGGUGACAUCAAUUUCUGAGGCAGUCGUCGUCGUUGUUGGCAAAUUGCCUACGCUGUCGAUAUUUGGCAACAAGCGCCACCCACCUCAUCUCCGGCAAUUAUCACAGGUUACCGAGUUUGGAACCAACUCUAGCAAGUCAAAUAUCGAACUCAACCGGCCAUUGUACACGAAAUAAAGCUUCGAACAUGAGUAGCUGGUGUACAUCAAUCAAGAAAAUGAACUGUUUUUCACGGAGAUAUUUUGAGCCGAGUGUUCUCUGGAAUUGAACGCAAACUCGUUUCAUUUCAUCCAAGGUCCAAUCUAAAGCAGAAGAAGAGAAGGAGAAGCUCAAUGACGUGGACCAUCUACUUCUGCAAGCGACAUACCGCCGCUCAGGGGAUCCGAACUCGCGUCAUGCGAACGCAAAUUCACGGAUGAAAACGUUUGAUGACUGA